AUGGUUCUCGAGGCUGUGAUGGUGGUUGUGGACAGCAGCGAGAGCAGCAGAAAUGGAGAUUACCAGCCCACUCGAUUCGACGCACAGGUUGACGCCGUGAAUGUGCUGUUCCAGACUAUCACUCAGGGAAACCCGGAAUCAUCCGUCGGCCUGAUGAGCAUGGGCGGAAAAGGACCAGAGGUGCUCGUCACCCUCACCACAGAGCAGGGCAAGAUCUUGGAGGGCCUGCACAGGACAAAGAAGAAGAUUGGUGGAUCGUCUCACCUAAAGACAGGCAUUCAGAUUGCAACGCUCGCCCUCAAGCACCGACAGAACCGAUCCCAGCGCCAACGAAUAAUAGCAUUUGUUUGCUCCCCCGUCGAAGACCAAGAGAAGGAGCUUGUACAGCUAGCCAAGAAGAUGAAGAAGGGCAAUAUUUCUGUCGACUUUGUUAUCUUUGGUGAUCUCGAGGAUGACGCCACGCAGAAGAAACUCCAGGCAUUCAACGAUGCCGUCAAGGGCAACGAGGGCUCACACCUGGUGGUCAUCCCACCUAGCAGCAAACUGCUAAGUGACCAGCUCAUCUCGACGCCCAUCAUGCUCGGCGAGGGAGCUGGAUCAGGAGGCGGUGGCAUGGGCGGCAAUGACGAAUUUGAGUUUGGAUUUGACCCCGCGCUAGAACCUGAGCUGGCCCUCGCUCUACGCAUGAGUAUGGAAGAAGAAAAGGCCAGACAAGAGAAGCUGGCGAAGGAGGAAGAGGAGGCGGCAAAGAAGGCAUCUCUGGAUAGUGUCAAGGAAGAGAACGAAGCCAGCGGCAGCGGCAGU